AGUUCAAAUCAGCAUGACUAUAUUUUUUUCUUUGUGUAUCAAAACUGCCUCUUUAAUAUAGGUAAAUAAAUUACUGAAUUAAGAUUGUAAGUACGAGAAAAUCUUGGUUCUGUAAUUGUUAGAUGGCUGGAAAGAGCACAUGUUUAUUUAUGAUUCUCUAAAUGGAAUUUACAAUUAGCUGGUAAAUAGGAAAAAGUAAUAACGUCAUGACGUGAAAACUUGGUAAUCAUUAUGUCACAAUAUGAGAUGAAACUUUUAUUUAAAUGACUUUUGAAAAACGUAUAACAUUCGAAUUAGAUACAAAUAAUUCAUUCAAUUAAAAUACAGUUAUACAUGAAUGAAAAUGAAAGGAAUUGACAGUCAAUGAGCAGUUGAAUAAAUCUAAAACAAACUAUAUUGUUAUAAUUAAGAUCAUUCAUUUUAUUCACGUGUACAUUUUUUUCUAAUGUUACUUAUAAUUUCAUUCAUGAUACCGUUAUAAUAAGUUUCUUUGGUUAAUUUUCCCUUAAAUUCUAAAUUCUGUGGUGUAGGAAUUAACAAAUAAUCAAUAUUUAUGCGUCACAAAUAAAAACAUUAAGUAUAGUUAUCGUUUCAAACAAAUUAACAUUUAAUUAAUUACUCCUUUCAAACUUUUCUCCUUAACAUAAUUAACCCUUCGUAUAUAUUAAUACUUUAACCAAAAGAAAAUGAGAUUUGUACUUUAACGUCAUAUUCAGAAUUUCUUAUUUAUGUGUACAAGUCGAAUUUUAAACAAGUUUAUGAAAUUCAAACAGUUUAUUGUUAAGGUUAUGUUGAUUUAUGCCAUUCAAUUAACCGGAAGUUCAGAGUCAAGGACUCAUAUGCUUAGGAAUUUAUUUCUCUGUAAUGAAACAUGAUUCAUAUUCAAAGACAGUGAACCUUGAACAUGACCAUGUCUCCUAUCUUAGAAGACUCACACUAGACUUGUUAUGAAAUUCAGUAUUGCGCAUUCAUUUCCAACGAAGUGAUGAUAUUGGCAGUGUUGUAAACGGGAUUUAUGGUGAUAAAAUCCUUAAUCUUAAGUAGCAACUAACAGUCAUGCAGUCGACCUACCUUUUGGCAACAAUGGGUUUUAUCGCUGCCCUUGAUACAUGGUUGUCCAGUGGAACAUUUCUACUUUGGACACUAAAAAUCGUUGUUUUAACAUAUCUCAUUGUAUUUGGUAUCCUUCCACUUAUAUUUCACUACUCAUACGUUAUUCAACGGAAAAUACUAUUCCUAAAUUUUGUUUCAUGGCCACCAAAUAUAAAUUUUUCUAAACCAGAGAAUGUUGGAAUGAAUGGUACAAGAAAUUUUUAUUUAAAGACAGACCAGCAAGUAAAACUUGGUGCAUGGCAAAUAUUACCAAACUCUUUGUUAAACGGCACAGCUCCAUUAACUGAUGAGACUUAUGAAAAUGCUUUACGAAACGCUAAGCAUCCAGUAAUUUUAUACAUGCAUGGCAAUAGUGGUAGUAGAGCAAGCAGUCAUAGAGUUGAACUCUAUAAAUUAUUUCAAAAAUUAGAUUAUCAUGUAAUAUGUUUUGAUUAUGGAAGUUAUGGAGACAGUGAUGAAGUGGAAUUAUCUGAAGAUGGCGUUGUAGCUGAUAGUAAAUAUGUAUUUGAAUGGGUAAUGAAAAUUGUUAAUAGUACUGCACCAGUUUUUGUAUGGGGUCAUUCUCUAGGAACUGGUGUUUCAUUGCAUGCACUGGCAUUACUUUCAAACGAAAGUAUUCAACCUGCAGGUAUAUUCCUCGAAGCUCCAUUUAAUAAUAUAUCUGAUGAGGUAUCGGAACAUCCAUUUUCGCAGAUUUUUAGACACUUGCCAUGGUUUCAUUGGCUAAUUGUUGAACCAUUUUAUACAAAUAAUUUAAGAUUUGAGUCAGAUAAACACAUAGAAAAAAUCCAGUGCCCUAUUAUGAUAUUACAUGCCGAGGAUGAUAAUGUAAUACCAUUUGCUUUGGGAGAAAAGUUAUACAAAGCAGCAUUACAUUUUCACGGAAAUAAUACAAGAGUCCAAAUGGUAAGAAUAGCUUCAUCUUAUGGACUGGGUCAUAAAUAUAUAUGUCGAUACAAAGAACUACCAGAUAUAAUACAAGCAUUUGUAGCUGAGUCUGUUAAGAUUAAUAGUUAAUGAAAUAUUUUAAGACAGGCAAGAAAUAUGCUAUACUUCUAAAGUAUACAUUCUCGAACUGGCUAGAAGAACAAGGUCGUCAAUCAUUCAUUCAAUGAAAAUCGUAAUUUGUGUUAAAAAAUAAUUGCUACUUUUAUAUUCCAGUAUUCUCAUUUUAAUACACAUAACAUUAAGUAGAACUCAUUAUUACUUUGUAUAUGAUGUUUUGAACACAUUUAAAAUCUUUUUUGUUCAAUUUUUGAAUUGGCUAAAUCAUUGUCAUGUGUCACAGUUUACUUAGAAGUAGUAAUACAUGUUCAGUGACAGUUCAGAAGUAUACAUAAGAUUAAUAAAUUCUCUGUGUAUAAGAUCUGCAAAUAAUUAUGAAAAGCACUGAGAUGUGUUUUGAGGAUGAAUUAAAUAAGCAGAAAACGUGUUGAUCUGUAAUGUUCAAAUCCCAAAUCUUCUAAAUUUCUUAUUAUUAACUGAUAUAGAUGUAGCAUACUAGUUGUUUUUCAAUAGUAUUCAUUCCAUGUAAAUUAAUUAGGUUUCACUGGUGAUAUAGUAGAUGUAUUGUUGCUGAAAUGUUUGUGCAGUUUAUUUCUACAAGACAUGAAAAAUGUGAUAGACAACAGUAUUGCGUUAAUGUGGUUAGCCUUGUACUAAAUGUGUAUUAUUUUGUACAGCAUUGCAGCUGUUUUUAUAUAAUUUUGAAGUUUGCUGUAUUUGUAGUUUCCCAAUAGGAUAUAAUAUUUUUGAUUUGAUAAAAAAAAGGAGCUUGAUUUUCAACAAUUUAAUAUUUUUGUUAACAUUGUAUCAAAUUUAUUUACUUACUACUAUGAGGAGAUCUAAAUAUCAUUCAUGUAUUUAGUUUAUUUACCCAAUAUCUACUUUUUAUUUUAACACAGUUUUCAUGUAAAUUUGUCAUGUAUAGCAUAAUUAUAAUGAUGAAGGCUAUCUUGACUGCAAUGAUAACUUGUAAUGAAGCUACCUUUUCACUCGUUGCAUUGCUACAAGAUUGAAUGCAGUAAAGUGCCCUGAUUGGUUCACAAUUCUUUCUAUGUCAUUCAUGAUGGCUACUGCCGAUUUUUAACCAACCGAAACAUGUAUUUUUACAGUAGUGCAACGAAUGAAAAGGUAUUUUAAAUGGAACGAAGACUGUUGCGGCCUACUGAAAGUUACGGACGUUUGUUGAUUUACAUAACGUCUUGCAAAACCUUCAAACUGUUCUGUAACAUACAUUCACGUGUAAAUGGAAAAUUCAUUCCACGACUCUUAUAGAAAUUAAAGCAUUUUAAAAUGAA